UAAUAUUAUUGGUAAUGAUAAUUUACAAAAAUUAAAAUUUUCUGAUUACCUUAUUUCUCUUUAAAGAAAAUUCGAUUUAAAAUACAUAGCAUAAUAAAAAAGCAUCAAUAAAUUUUUCAACUUUGGGCAACCUCUGUACCUACUUCUUUGUAUUUGUAGGAAAGUUAGUAAAUAUACUCACGAAUUCUUUUUUGGAAUAAAUGGAAAUAAUAUCUUUCUGCUCUUGAAUUUUCAUAACCUCAAAAAAUAAAGGUAAAUACAUCCUCCGGCUAAAUAAAUCAAUUUUCUUUUUCUAUAUUACUCCAAAUUCUUUACCGAAAAUAAUGGGAGGUUGGAAAUUAGAAGUUGGUAGAAUGGCAAUGUAUAUGGCAUUUCCAGUUGCAAUUUUUUACUAUUUUAAUCAACCAGAAUUAUUUGAAGAUUGGGUUAAAAAUGUUAGAAGAGAUAUGUAUCCUCCCGAGAAUAAAGAUCAUAAGGCUCUAAUUGAAAAAACAAUUAUUGAAAUGCAAGAAGAAAGAGAUUUAGAGUUACUAAAAGCUGCUAGAAAUUUUAAAUAG